AGGAAGGAUGGAAUAGACCGGUCAAGGUAUAAUGUUGAAUAUGGGGAUGUGCUUGUUUUCUUUUGCCAGGGAACUUAAAAAGGAAAGGCUAUCAAGAUGUCUGAGACCGGCGGCCCAUCAGUUGUUCCGAAGAAGGGCCUGACACUCGAUGACCUCAUUGCGGCCAUCGACCGACAUGAAAGGAACCCGAGCAACAUCCCAAAGGUCGAUACUUUCCAUUUCUGUGGGGAGAGAGUCUCAGAAUGGCUAGAGCGGGUGGAACAAGCUUUGGUCGGGCGGCCAAAUGUUGUAAAGUUUCAAUGCAUCCUUCAGUAUGUCCUCCACAGCUACCACCAGGAGGUGAAGAAAGUCAUAGAAGCAGCCGCUGGUAGCUGGGAGAGAUUCAAGGAGGGGAUGCAGAGGAAAUACCGCCUGGGAGACGGAUUGUUGACUACCGCGGACCUUGAAGCGAUGAACAAAGAGGAUUUUACGACGAUAGGGGCCUUUGUACAAKAAYUUAAGAADAGGGCGCGGAAGGUCCAUGGGAUUUCAGAGGAAGCACAGUGCGCCAUCUUCCUGGGGCUACUCACGGCAUCGGAGGCCGUCGAGUUGACGAGACAUGGAGGAGUGAAGUUCCAUCGUUUUACUGAGGGUGGAUUGAGGAGGUCGCUAGCACACCCACGGGAGGAGCCGCCAGUGUCUGAAGGGCCGUUGAGGGAGUUAGAAACGCAUCUGGAUAUCUCUCAUUGGAAAGCGUCGCCUCAGGAUGAGAAGCGUGAAGGGCAAGUAGGGGAGGUGCCACGAGAGGAGGUACCACAGGGGGAGAUACCGCGAGAGGAGGUGUCACAGGAGAAGGUGCUACGGGAAGAGGCCCAGGGUACUCAGCGAGAGAGAGGGCUGGGCGAUGAGGGGAGACAUGCAGGAAAGGAAGUAAUAGAGGUUGGAGAGGACACGCCCCCACAAACGCCAGCAGUGAGUUUGAAACUCGGAGAUGCACCAGGGAGCACCCGACAGGCAGAGGAGAGGUUGCAGGGAGAGGAGGCCCCACUUCUUUCAUCAGAAAGGGCCCCAUCACCAGAGGGGAGAGCCGGCAGGAGAAGAGAAAGGGCAGCUGUAAGGAGAGAAGCUUUGACUUUGAUUGAUAGGCACCUAGCAGCUUAUGCCCUGGAGCAUCCAGACCUGGAGGAGCCAGCACCUGCUGAGCCGCGCCAGGAGUCAUGCCAGCCCGAGAAGGAGAUGGAAGCAGAGAUACCAAAGAGGGUCGACCUCCGCACGAAGGAAAGGGCGCCAGCUGGAGAGACGGCUGAAGAAAAGAGGGUGAGAAGAACUCGACGGAUAGAUGAGAUAUGGCAGGAGAGGUAGAGAUUGGAGGUAGUGGGGGAGCUCCCGGAGCAGCAACAGGAGGGGCAGCGAUCAGAGACAGCAGGAGCACUCCCGGGUCAGCCACCCAGCGCGCCAGCUAGGGCCCCGGAGAUUCCUGAGAUGUGGAGGGACUUCUGGGAGCAGAGAGGAGAGGAACUUCCAUCGCCAGUCAGAGCCGGGUUUGGAGUGGUCAGGAAGGCGGAAGAGAGGUUAGAUCGUAAAAUCAAGUUCCUGGCCAAGA